AUGAUUAAAAGAAUAAUGCUUAGUACAACAUUGAUGGCAACAAUGAACACCCAGGGAGCUACAAAGGCAUGGCGUUCCUGCAAGAACAAAACAAAAACAAAGAGCACCAAAGUGAUAACCGCUGCAAUAAUGAAAAAAAAAAAUAAUCUGCCGAAAAUGGUUUUAAAUUAUCACCAUUUACUAUGCUGAAUGGCAAAAACGACCUACAACUCGAAAAAAAUGUUUUAAGGCUGCUCAUUUUAAAGCAACUGUCCGAUUUGAAAGAACUAAAUCCUAAAAAUGGCCGGUUCGAAGUGGCCCUUUUUUAUAGCGGGAUUUUCCAUAUUUUUCUUCUCCUUGUCCAGCCUCUACUACAUUGGAGGUUUGAUGGGACUAUACAACUUCUUAGAGUAUACUGACGAUGAAAGUAGCGAAAAUUCCACCGAAACAGCCACAGAUCCUUACAUGGCCGCCCUGGAUGGCGAAGACUUGAAAAGCUUGUCACGUGGCCAAGUAGCCGAAAUGACCUUUGAACUACUUAUGGAUGUAGCUGUUCUUGUUUCUUCAGUCUUCUUGUAUGUGGGCCUUAAGAAGAAAUUUCCCAAUUUCAUUUCCCCUUGGCUAAUCAUUUCCUUCUUACAUGUCGUAGUGGGUAGUGUAUGGCUGUUUGUCAUUUUUGGGGAUGAUGAUAAUUCCUUUAUGGAAGAAGCCGUCAACCUUUUCUUAGAAGUGUUUGUUUCUGCAAUGUGGUAUCCCAUCUACAAACAAUACAAAGCAAUUCGUAAUCCUAAGGAGGAGAUACAACCUACUAGCCAAUGUAAUGCCAUCAGGGAAUUUGACCAUCAUAAAACCGCCACAGCACCGCGGGAGGUUUAAAACGAAUGGAUAAAAAAACAGGCAAUCGUAUUGAAAUUUGAUUUGAAACUUUGAAAUAAAACCAAAAACAAAAAAUCCAAAA